CCUAUCUAGACAUAGUCUCAUGUCUUGUGUGAGGAAUGUUUUCCGCUCUCAGCCUUACCCGCUCAUGAGUGGACCUGUAUCGCGUCAUUAACGCUAAAAGAAUUCGAUGUUUCUCAACAGCCUAGAGAUCGCGUUUGAAAUACUGGUCGUCCGUUCACCCGUCAAUUGUCGGCAUAAGAUACCUUUACUCUACAGCAAACCUCAUUAGACUUUAUUUUCUCUCACUUCCUUGUCUUCCUCACCAGUUCUGAACCUCCAUCACAGCUUUCAAAAUGUCAACCAACAUCACAUGGCACCCAUCGCUCUCGCGCGACGAGCGCAACACAUACCGCAAGCAGAAGGGCUUCACCAUCUGGUUCACUGGACUAUCUGCAUCUGGCAAGUCGACCAUUGCGACAGCACUGGAGCAGCAUCUCCUCCAUCUUGGAUUCGCGGCAUACCGUCUUGAUGGCGACAAUGUCCGAUUCGGACUGAACAAGGACCUUGGGUUCAGCGAGAAGGACCGAAACGAGAACAUUCGAAGAAUUGCUGAGGUCGCAAAGCUCUUCGCUGACUCGUCCACAAUCGCCAUCACAUCCUUCAUCUCUCCCUUCAAGGCCGACCGCAAGCAGGCGCGCGAACUGCACGCUGUAACCACCGGCUCAGACUCUCCCUUGGCUUUUGUCGAGGUCUUCGUUGACUUGCCGCUCGAAGUCGCUGAGGCGCGUGACCCCAAGGGUCUGUACAAGAUGGCAAGGGAAGGCAAGAUCCCGGAAUUCACAGGUAUCAGCUCGCCCUACGAGGCACCUGAGAACGCCGAGAUUCACAUCAGGAGUGACCAGAAGAGUGUUGAGGACAGCGUCAAGGAGAUUGUCGAGUACUUGCAGAGCAAGGGCUUAUUGGAGCUCCAGAAGUAGGUCUCUAGAUGAAGGGACAAC